AUGCCGCCGACGCGCUCCGGAAGCUCGCGUUCGAAGAAGCGCCCCUCCGCGGUGGAUAUCCUCAAUAAUGUGAUGAGUGGAAAGGAUUCAGCUGCAGAUAGCCGCCAAGUGCAAAGCGCCCAGCCAGUUCGCCAGCUGCGAAACAUUCCCCGAGCUCCCCGCCGAGAUAUAUGGGAGGUGCCCAAUUCACCUGAACCCGCGCAAAGGACGUAUUCACAGUCAUCGCCCCUGGCCGACGCUGAACCCUUCACCCCACGACGAUCUACGCGUCUACAGAACGUAGCGCAAGUGCAAUCCAGUCCCACCAUGGCGAGGACUCGGGCAAAACGUACCCAGAUUGAGCACGUUGAAUCGAACGUCGAAGACGGGGACUCGUGGCAUCCUUCUCAAGAGCCGAGCAGUGAUGAGUCUGAUAAUGGGGCGGAGGAAUUAGUUGGUGAUGAUAUCGACUUCUACGGGAACUUCAAUGUAUUUUCAGACGAUACCCCUCGUACCCGGUCUUCGAGCACCAAAUCACCCACUCCGUCAGCAGCUUUGAGACAGGACCUUGAACGAGUCGAGCAGGCACGGGUGGCUCGCAGCGAGUCUGGGACACCUAGUAGGGUGAUCGAGCUCAGAUCUGGCAAAAAAAGGGAUACUCUACCGCGCUGGACCAGGUCUACCCGGUCUACUCGGAGUGCCGCGGAACCUGGCCCUUCAAUUGUGAUCAACCGCAGCCCAAGCAAAGUCCGCGAGACCCCAGUACCAAAUAGGAAGCGGAGGUCCAGUCGUCUAUUACGUUCCGAGGCUCAAGAUGUUGAUGGUGACGUGGAAAUGGGUGACCAUGUCUCAGGCCGGGUAAAUGGACAUCAGGACGCAGCCGACGAAGAUACCGGAUCCGCGUAUACGGCUUCCAACUCCAACGAGCCAUCCUCGGAGGCUGAUACGCCGUCGUUACCGUACACAAGGGCUGGAAAGCUCCGACGCCCACCGAGGCCUUCCCCGGCCGAGUCCCGGAAAUCAGGUUCUGGACGGAUAUUCUCGUGGUCGCCCACGCCGGAGUCGUCAAGCAAUGCAUCUGCUGCUCCGCAAGAAUCUAACCGCCAAGAAGGCGAAUCAGAAAAUCGUUCUUCAUUGGUACAGGUCUCCCGUGCAGAGCCCUCAGGAUUCCGUUGGACCCCAGGAGCGAGGCGACCCAAGAAGCGAUCGAGGCGGCGUGUCGUCUUCAGCCAGAAGACCCCAGAGCAAGAAAGCCCUUAUCCUCGUUUCAAAGAGGCUAUGGAAAUCGGACAACAGCAAGAAAAUUGGAAGGCGUUGAUCAAGGAGGCACGCCUGAUGGAGCGUCCCACCAAUCCGACCUUGGCGAAACGCUUUCAAGAUAUCCUUGAUCUGAUAUCCCACUCCCAAAAAUGGUACGAAAGUUUACCUGAUGAUCCGGAUACUUCUCAGGGCCUCUCUUUGAAAGAAGCUGGCAAAUCCGAGAAACUGCUGGACAGUAUCUCGACCGAGGGAGAUGCAAUACUAGACCGUGUCUUCUAUCGUGUCACCAAGCGGAACGAAUCUUCUCAAGAGCGAGGCCUGAAACUAUUCCGUGAAUUUGAAGUUCGCGUUAUCCCAGCCAUGGUACGAUUGCUAUUUGCCAUCUUUGACGCAUAUCAUACCGAUCCCGAGCGCUUCGCCCUUGUUUACAAUCACCUACACCGUGCCUUGAGCUUAGUCCUACGGUUUUGUAACCGUAUGCGGAGCUUGACAAGGGAGCAGUAUGUGCGGUGCACCACGCGGAGCAAAAAUCUACUUCAGCCUCUCCGAAGCCUAAUAGAAGCAUCUGAAUUCGACUCUCUGAAGAAGGCCGAGCCUGAGCCUGAGCCCGAGACCGAAUCCGAAUCUUCUUCCUCCGACAGCGUGAUAUCUAUCGCAAGCGACGAUGAUGUAGCUUCUGCUCCGGCAUCGACUAUCAGACAGUUCUCGGAUGCCGAAGGUCGGGCGCUCUUAGAUGGGUUACAGCAGUUCCAAGGUCGUGAGAGGUACAUCCAGAUCCUCAAGAACUUUAGUGAACUCGAGGGACGCACGCUGUCGGAAAUACGCGAGGAAUCUCGAAGGAUGUGCGAUAAAUAUGAACCCCUAAUCAGGGACGAGCUUCGCACUCCGGAAGGGCGAGAGCCAUGGCGCUGGUUGCUGAGCGUUUGGGACCAGGCUUCAUGA